GACUCCACUUGUGAGCCGACGAUUGUGGUCGUGUUCACCUUUCGUCCUUUACAGAAAAAGUAAACUUUUAAAAUUAACCAUGGCGUUUAUGUCUCUUCGGUUAUCAUCUAUCGCAGUAAAACAGCUUUCUCAGAAAGUUCCAAAGAUUUCUCCUAAAAUAUCGCCAUGCCUUUCAAAAUAUUUAAGUACUGGAAGAGCACUAGCUGCUUCUGGACCAGGUGCGGCAGAAGUUUCAAGUAUAUUGGAGGAACGCAUUCUUGGGCAUACCCCAACAGCUGAAUUAGAAGAAACAGGAAGAGUGUUGUCUAUUGGUGAUGGUAUUGCCCGUGUUUAUGGAUUAAAAAAUAUUCAAGCGGAAGAGAUGGUGGAAUUUUCUAGCGGCCUAAAGGGUAUGGCUUUAAAUUUAGAGCCUGAUAAUGUUGGUAUUGUCGUCUUUGGUAAUGAUAGGCUAAUUAAGGAAGGGGACAUAGUUAAGCGAACUGGUGCUAUUGUGGAUGUGCCUGUCGGACCUGAAAUGCUUGGCAGGGUUGUUGAUGCUUUAGGUAAUCCCAUCGAUGGAAAGGGACCUAUCAAUGCUACACGUCGUGCCAGGGUAGGGGUCAAAGCUCCUGGCAUCAUCCCUCGUAUUUCCGUACGAGAGCCUAUGUUGACGGGCAUUAAAGCUGUUGACAGCUUGGUUCCAAUUGGUAGAGGACAGAGAGAAUUGAUUAUUGGUGAUAGGCAGACUGGGAAAACAGCCAUUGCUAUCGACACAAUCAUUAACCAAAAAAGAUUCAAUGAAGGAGCUGAUGAGAAGAAAAAACUAUUUUGUAUUUACGUUGCCAUUGGUCAAAAGAGGAGUACAGUUGCUCAGAUUGUGAAACGGCUAACAGAUUCAGAUGCAAUUAAAUAUUCCAUUAUGGUUGCUGCAACUGCUUCGGAAGCUGCUCCUCUACAGUACUUGGCUCCUUAUUCUGGCUGUGCCAUGGGAGAAUACUUUAGAGAUAAUGGCAUGCAUGGCCUUAUCAUCUAUGAUGAUUUAUCAAAACAGGCCGUGGCUUACCGCCAGAUGUCCCUGCUGCUGAGGAGGCCCCCCGGCCGAGAGGCUUACCCCGGGGACGUCUUCUACCUCCACUCCCGGCUCCUGGAGCGAGCGGCCAAGAUGAACGAGACCUUCAAGGGGGGCUCCCUGACCGCCCUGCCAGUCAUCGAGACCCAAGCUGGCGACGUGUCCGCCUACAUCCCCACCAACGUCAUCUCCAUCACAGACGGACAGAUCUUCUUGGAGACCGAGCUCUUCUACAAGGGCAUCCGGCCGGCCAUCAACGUCGGCCUGUCCGUGAGCAGGGUGGGUUCCGCCGCCCAGACCAAGGCCAUGAAGCAGGUUGCUGGUUCCAUGAAACUAGAACUUGCCCAAUAUCGUGAAGUAGCUGCUUUUGCUCAGUUUGGAUCUGAUUUAGAUGCUUCCACACAACAACUGUUGAGCAGGGGAGUUAGGCUUACUGAACUGUUGAAGCAAGGACAAUAUGUGCCUAUGCCUAUCGAAGACCAAGUUGCUGUGAUCUACACAGGCGUCAGGGGUUAUCUGGAUAAAUUGGACCCAUCACGUAUCCAAGCUUUCGAAAAAGAUUUCUUGCACCACAUCAAAACUAGCCACCAAGACAUCCUUACCACUAUCGCAUCUGAGGGUAAAAUCAGUGAUGAAACAGACAAGAAGUUAAAGAAAAUUGUGUCAGACUUUGUAGUAACCUUCCAGGCAUAGAAAUAAACAAAUUCCUAAUUUAAAAAAAAAGAAUCAUCUAAGCUGUAACUUAUCUCUGACUAGAUAUAAAUAGUCCAUUUUUGUUAUAGUAUUAAUUUCUGUACUGCCUCUCAUUUUCACGGGAACUUGAUUUCUGAAAUGUCAUGUUGACAUUUUUUUCCUUUGAAAAUCUGUUCACCUUUUUGUAAAAUAAAUUAAUUACUCUUAUA